AAUAUGCGAAAUGCGCGGCGCCAUCUCGUGCACAAGUUGAGAGUUAGGUCCGCCAUCUUGGUUGCGGCGAGGAAGCGAGCGGACUGCGCAAGGCCCGCACUACCCGCACGGAUUCACAAGCCCCGGAUCGACCCUCACCGUAUAGCUAAAAUGCCGACGCACUGCUGUGUCCCCUGGUGUAAGCAGCGUGGACCCAAGGAUCCAGACGGGAACAAGGUUUCGUAUCAUCGCUUCCCAAGAGAUGCCACAUUAUACAAAAAGUGGAUCAUCGCCAUCAAGCGCGAUGAAGGGAAAUUCUUCAACGUGACAAAAUGCACAAAAGUGUGUUCAAGGCAUUUCCUGCCAUCAGACUUUAUUCCCAGUGUAUCCUGUGGCAACAACUUGCUGCGACAAACAGCCUGCCCCAGUGUGUUCAGCUUUGGCAAAAUGCAGCAGCUUCGCAAGCCACCGAAGAAGCGAACAUCAGAUUCCAGAUCAGCACAUCAGAUUCCAGAUCAAGCUGCUGCUCAAGCAUCGACUGUAGAAGACAGUGAAGCAAUAUUUUUUGAUGACCAGUCUACUGAUCGAUCGUCUGCAGCAGCUCUAGGGUCCGACACACCUGAAACAGAGGGAGACACCACCAGUUGUUCACCUGCUGCUGGUACAGUCCCUUUAUUAGGUGGUGGCGAGCCUGUCAGUGAAGUGGAACGUCUUGAGGGUGUGGUUGCCACACAGGGCAAUGAAAUAGACAGACUUAAAUAUGAAUGUGAAGUCCUCCAGGAGCAGCUGCUCCAAACGAAGACAGAGAUGCACCUCUCUCUCCAAGAAAAUCACCGCCUCACUGCACGUCUUGAAGAGACAGAAAGUUUAACAAGCUUUUGCGUUGAGCAUUUUAAACACUCAAAUGAGGACUUGCUUGCCUACACAGGAAUGCCAACAUACCGGCACUUCCUGGCAUUGAUGGCUUACAUCAAUCCUGGAAAGAAUGGGAGUAACGUUUUGAGGAAUGCUGGCAUCAAAGCUAGCGGAGGCCGACGGCGGAAGCUGACAGUGGAGAAUGAGCUGUUCCUCGUACUUGUGAGGCUUCGUCUUGGCCUCUUCGAGCAUGACCUGGCACACAGAUUUGGCAUAACUCAAUCAACAGUGUCACGCAUGUGUGUCUUGGAUUAA